AUGGUGUCGUUGGUAGCUCUCCUUUCCAUCGCCGCUUCGAUCGUAGUCGCGGACAACAGCGAGGACAUCAAGUUCCCCGAAGCGGUCGAGGCGGAGGUGGCAGUCAACCCCAAGGCGCACUCUGCCGGGUGGCUCCCCCGCCCCGACCAGUCGCUGGACGUCAACUUCCCCGUGGACUCGAAGAUCAUCGACACUUCGGCUGCUCCUUGUGUGGUCACCCUCGUCAAGAACCACACGUACGCGCACUCGUACAACAAGCCAUACAAGGGGGACUUUUCCCCCCCUUCCUGCUAUAACGACCCGGAAUAUUCCCUCGUUUACCUCCGGUACAAGGCCAACGUGGACCCUGGUCGGCAGUUUGACCGGAUCGCCGGCGUCUGGAUCGGCAACCACCCCGUCCUCCGCACGACCACGCAGGAGCCCAACAAGGUGAUUGGCCCUCACUGGGAAAUCUUUCGGGAAAUUUCCCAAUACCGAGCUCUGUUUGGGAAAAACGGCAAUGUCACGGCCUCCCUUGACAACGUGGUCAACGACGUGUACACGAGCAGCUUUCAUGUGACGAUCACGGCCGAGUUCUACAAGAAGGACCCGUCUCAGCACGUCGUCCAGCGCGUUCCGUACGCGCCCGACCAGAUCGUUCCGAUCUUCAAAUCCAACGACACCUAUCCCUGGUUCAACGUCCAGCCCAACACCCUCGGCAAGAACUUCAACCUCGUGACCUUCCCCAAGAACCUCGAUGGGUUGUACCUGGAGCUGUUUACGUCUCACCACGGAUGCGACGAGUUCCACUACGCCAACCCUCCCGACGAGCUCAAGGCCGCCCUCAAGGCAGACUGUGCCGGCGGAUCCUUUCGUGAAGUGCAGAUCCUCCUGGAUAACGAGAUUGUCGGCGCGGUGUGGCCGUUCCCGCUCAUUUACACGGGCGGCAUGAGUCCUGCCCUGUGGCGCCCCAUCGUGUCCGUGGGUGGCUUCGAAGCCCCCACGUACAUCAUCGACCUGACGCCGUAUGUGGCCAAGGUGCUGGACGGCAAGCCGCACAACGUGAGCUUCGCCGUCGGUCACGGCUUGGCGUACUGGCCCACCAACGCCAAUCUGUUGGUGUACCAGGACCACAACGUCGAAAAGACGGUGGCCACACUGGACCGUAAAGUGUUUGACCGUAAUGUCGUGCCCAAUGUGGCUUACAACGGCACCGGCCGUAACCAGACCGUCGACACGACCGCCACCCGUCAAGUGAAUGUCAAGUCGACCAUCUCCAACUCGCGAGGCAUCCGCAAGUACAACAUCAAGCAAAAGUUCACCUUCGUGAGCCACCAAGAGUACUCGAGGAACGAACGAUUGUUCAAGCAGCGCAGCACGACCCAGACCACGACCACCGUCAAGUUUCAAGACGGCACGAAAACCACCAAGUACUACACGGAGGACUACCCGCUCUACGGCAAACUCGAGUACAAACCCUACACAUACGGCAAGUCGGCCCGUAAUGUGAUUCUAUCAUCAGUCGAUGAGGUGGACAUCCCGCCAUUCAGAUCGCCGCUCAUUCCCCCCAAGUACUUCACGAAAAACGUGACGAUUCAACACGACCUCCGCCAGAAACUCAAAAUCCACGGCAACAAGGACGACUUCCGCGUCGGAGUCGAAGGGUACGAGCUCUCGAUCGCCCAAACGGCCAAGUCCCACACCGACUCGCGCGUCGGUACCAACGCGACCAACCAAGUGGCCGUCGCCGCGUCUAACUCGACCGGAUGCUACUCGCACGACGUCCACAGUAACACUGGCAACUACACCAAAUACGUUGAAGCCAACAAGUGCCCCCGCGUCAACCUGUACGUUGAUGAUAUCGACGAUGACGACGACGAUGACGAUGACAACGACGAUGACGAUGAUAACGAUGACAACGACGACGAUGACGAUGAACGUGACGAUGAUUUUGACCUAUAA